AUGAGCUGGUGGUGGUCAGGUGCUAUUGGCGCAGCCAAGAAAAGAUUAGAAGAAGAUGAAGCACCACGAGAUCACCAAAGCGUGGCCCUGAUAUUAGGAGUUACCGGUAUUGUCGGCAACAGUUUGGCGGAGAUUCUUCCACUCUCCGACACACCUGGCGGUCCAUGGAAAGUCUACGGCGUGGCCCGACGUUCCCGCCCCAAUUGGAAUGAGGAUCAUCCGGUGGAGUACAUCCAGUGCAACAUCUCCGACACUGCCGAAACCCAAUCCAAGCUUUCUAAACUCACUGAUGUGACCCACAUCUUCUAUGUUACAUGGGCCAGUAAAUCCACGGAGGUCGAGAACUGUGAGAUUAACGGUCUCAUGUUUCGUAACGUCCUCCAGGCUGUUAUACCUAACGCUCCCAAUCUCCGCCAUAUUGAAGCUCAUGAUCCACCUUUCACGGAAGAUCUGCCCAGAUUAAAUUUUCCCAAUUUUUAUUACACCUUGGAAGAUGUUAUGUUCGAGGAAGUGGCAAAGAAAGAAGGAAUGACUUGGUCUGUUCAUCGGCCUGAUGUUAUCUUUGGGUUUUCGCCUUACAGCUUGAUGAAUAUUAUUGUGACUAUUUCUGUUUACGCUGCAAUAUGCAAGCACGAUGGAGCUCCGCUAAUCUUUCGUGGAUCAAAAGAGGCAUGGAAUAGUUACGCAAUUGCUUCUGAUGCAGAUCUGAUCGCAGAGCAUCAAAUUUGGGCGUGUGUGGAUCCUAAUGCACAAAAUGAAGCUUUUAAUAUCCACAACGGAGACGUGUUCAAAUGGAAGCAUUUGUGGACGAUUUUAGCACAAGAGUUCGGGAUUGAAGAGUAUGGAUUUGAAGAGGGGAGAGUAGUGUAA